AUACAUUAAUCUAUGUCGAUUCUUAUGCGCAUGCGAUUUAUGAAUGGUGGGGAAAUGAUAUUUUCCCUUCCUCGGGAAAAAAUAUUCCAUAUUUUUGGUCACAGAGGAAUAUAUACUCCUAUUUUAAAAAAAGGAAAAAUGGAAAAACUUACUCAAGAAGAACGAGAGAAAGAUUUGAAACCAUUAUUAUUUAACAAUUGGUCUGUGCAACAAGAUAGAGAUGCUAUUUACAAAGAAUUUUUAUUCAAAAACUUCAAUCAGGCAUUUGGUUUUAUGACCAAAGUUGCAUUGCAAGCAGAAAAAAUGAAUCAUCAUCCUGAAUGGUUUAAUGUUUACAAUAAAGUAAACAUUACUUUAUCUUCUCAUGAUGUAAAUGGUUUAUCACAAAGAGAUAUUAAACUUGCAUCUUUUAUAGACAAGGUUGCUAAAAUGGAAGAAAACUAAAAUUACGAAUAUAUGUAUAAAUAAAAAUUAAUAAUAAUAA